AUUAAAAUAACAAGAAAUCAACAUUGGCUUGAAUACAAUCUUCCUUUGAAUGUCGUCGAUGAGUAGCCAUUUUUUGACCACGCCCACCAAAAUCCAAUGACGGUCGUUGGCCGGGCGGUUGAUACUGGUUUGAAUGGAUCACGUGAGCUUGUUUCCUAUCCCGGUUACGUAGUCUAUAAUAUAUCUAUGCUUUUGACCACUCCUAUCCACUACCUAGUAACCUGCUGGAGAAAAAUGAAUUUUGAAGAGGGACUGAAAGAAGCCGGGUACUUUGGGAGAUAUCAAAAGAAGUUACUCUUGAUUCUCUUCCUCUUUCAGUUCAUAUGCCCAGCAAUAAUCCUCUCCAUUACUUACAUAGGGAUGAGCCCCGAAUGGGUGUGCACCUCCGAAAGAAACAACAAUACUUCGUUGCAUUUUAGUCCAGACAAAAGAUGUCAUUAUUUUGAGGGCGAGCCUCAUAACUGUACUCCUUCGUAUGAAGAAGGCUUUUACACGAUUGCUGAGGAGUGGAACCUCAUUUGUAGUCGCUCCCAUUUAAUAAACCUAACUCAGAGUGGGUUCUUUUUCGGUUUCCUAGUCGGCGCAUUUGUUCUAGGAAAGCUUGCGGACUCUAUUGGGAGACGUAAAGUGACUAUCAUGAUCUUGGUCUGUGGGGCCAUUGUGAUGAUGCUUAAUGCACUGAGCCCUAGCCUUACGCUGUUUGCUAUCUGUCGGUUUGUGGCUGGUUUUCUGUUCGCUGGAGUCAUGGCAUUUUAUGUACUAGCAAGUGAAAUUGUUGGUCCUGGUCAGAGAGGACUAGUAUCAGUUGGGACCUCAUUGAUGUUUGCUCUGGGUUUUGUUUUCCUCUCUUUUAUAGCUUAUGUGAUACAGGAUUGGAGGAGGUUGAUGAUAUUUGUCAGUUUGCUGUACAUUCCUUUCCUCACCAUGUACAGGAGUAUACCAGAGUCUCCUCGCUGGCUCCUUACUAUUCAAGAAGAGGUCAAAGCAAGGAGAAUACUCAUAGAUAUAGCUCGUACAAACAAGAAAACUCUACCAUCGGAUUUCUCACUCAAAUGUGCUUCUUCGUCAGGAGACCAACCAUCGGCUGGUCUGAUUGCCCUUUUUCGUCAUAGGGUUUUGUUCAGGCGUACUUUAAUAAUGGCUUUCAUUUGGUUCACUGUGUGCAUGGUCUACUAUGGUCUCUCUUUGGGGGUUGGUAGCCUCAGUAGUAAUCUUUACAUUAGCUUCUCUUUGUCUGGACUAGUGGAGGUUCCAUCAAAUCUUGUAGCAUAUGUAAUAUUGGACAAGCUAGGUAGGAAAUGGAGCAAUAUUAUUACCCUUGCCUUGGGUGGUACUGCGGCUCUUGGCUGUUCCUUUGUUCAAAUCACUGGAAUUAAUUCUGGUGGUAGUUUACAAAUGGCACUGGCAUUGUUGGGAAAGUUCAGUAUAUCUGCUUCAUUCUGUGUACUAUUUGCAUAUACUCCAGAGCUUUAUUCCACUGAUGUCAGAAACCUGGGUAUAGCCUUGUGUAAUGUACUAGCAAGGUUUGGCGGGAUCAUAGCUCCUGUUGUGAUAUUAUUGGAUGAGAGUGGUGCUGGUUUGUCAAUGCUAGUAAUGGGAAUGUUGUCGGUAACAGCUGCACUUCUUGGAUUAGGUGUGCCCGAGACUUUCAAUGCUCCUCUGCCUAACACAAUACAUGAUAUCAAAUGACAUUCUCUUCAUAAUUAUUUAUUUAUUAUUCAUUCCUCUGUAAUUUUCCUGGGAACUUGAAUUUUUCUUCAUUCUCAAAUCUUGUUAUUUUUUCAUCUUUUUGCAUCAAGGGUUUUAUAUGAAUAAUAAUAA